GUCACAGGACUGUGACACGCCUGCGGCCCCGCCCCUUCGCGUCUCGGGCCGGGAAUCCAGGUUCUCUGCGCCGUGACGUCACGAGUCGGGCGGGCGGGUUUUGCGUCGGCCCAAUGGGAGCUGCGCGCCGGCCUCCCCUUUAAGGAAUGUUGUGACCUGACGUCACCAGGCGAGUUACCUCCCGCAGCCGCCGCCGCCGGGCUCAGCGCUAGCCCAGGAGCCCUUGAGCGCGAGGCGCGGAGCCCCCGGAGCCCCCGAACCGCAGCCACAUCUUCGCGUCGCGCGCCCCGGAGCCCCGGCCUGCGCGCCCCGCCGGGCCCGCGCGAUGCCCUCGGACCGGCCUUUCAAACAGCGGCGGAGCUUCGCCGACCGCUGUAAGGAGGUGCAGCAGAUCCGCGACCAGCACCCCAGCAAGAUCCCGGUGAUCAUCGAGCGCUACAAGGGCGAGAAGCAGCUGCCAGUCCUGGACAAGACCAAGUUCCUCGUCCCAGACCAUGUCAACAUGAGCGAGUUGGUCAAGAUCAUUCGGCGCCGCCUGCAGCUGAACCCCACGCAGGCCUUUUUCCUGCUGGUGAACCAGCACAGUAUGGUGAGCGUGUCCACGCCCAUUGCCGACAUCUACGAGCAGGAGAAGGAUGAGGACGGCUUCCUCUACAUGGUCUACGCCUCCCAAGAAACCUUCGGCUUCUGAGCCAGCAGCCCCUGCCUGUCUGCCCAUCUGCCCCUCACCCACCUGAGGCUCUGCCCCCUGCCUGGACCUGCCUCCACCUGACAGACUGGUCCCUGGCUCCUGCGUUCUCCACAUGGUGUAUGGAUCUGUGGUCAUUGUCCCUCUGCAGAAUAAAGAUUGCUCAGGCCUGCCUGGC